AUGGGAGGAGGGUGGCUUCCGCCAUGUCACGGCUGUACUUCAAGUUGGGGGAAGCAGGACAGCAAUGUGGCUGUUAUGCGCCUGGGAAUGGGGAUGAAGAUGGAAUUGAUUAUGUUCAAGUUGUUCAUCUUUUGGCUGAACAUACCACUGCAUCUCCUCGCGAACCGUCUUCUUCCAAUAUGGGACAUCAUACUAGGAAUUCAAUUCCUCCAUCAGAAUAAGCAUUACAAGGGGAUCUCAAAGGCAUUUUCACCUUCCUCACAUCUACCCCGACGGUAUCACAAUUCUGAGGAAGGCCGGUUUCCUCGUAGCCAUACCCCUAAGGCGUGGAUCCCUCCUUUUUCCAGGAUGACUUGGCUUCUUCUUCAACCUUAUACCACAGCAUGCGCAUGGGCAGGGAGAUGGUAUGUGUUGAAGUGUUGGUGUCACGGAGGGCCUGGGGUGGCAGACGCAAGCUCUCAGCCCCAGUUGCGUGAGCUUGAAUGA